AUGCCCUGCUCCCCGAUAUCACCGGUGGCGGGCAUAACAUUAGAAGCCCUUGAGUUAUAUCGGGUGGCGCACCUCAGGAACCCUCACUUGUCAAUCCAAGCCUUUGUCAAAACGAUAUGCGAUUUACACGGGGUGGAAUUCCAUCGGCACAUCUCACGUCAAUUUUCAAUUGCACUUGACAUAUAUCUUCAAAUCAGACGGGUUGUGGCCUCGCUCAUCAACAAAUCCCUCCGACGCGACUCGCCUGACUGGCGCCUCAAACAUGCAUGCCCUGCAUGCACUUACACGCUAACUGACGAAGAGAAGCUACACUUCAAGAUUCUCUAUGCUAUGGACGGGAACGACUCAUUGAAACGAAUUCUGCGACGCUCGCUUGAUGACGACGAUGACUCUCUUGGUCUAUCGUCCGAACUUCCCACUGGCCAGGUACUCGUUAGUGACCGUUACCUAUCUCGUAACUUUGUAGAGCAGUUUGCACAGGAUACGCCAUGUGAUACGGGAGCCAAUAGUCUGGCAGAGAACUCAUGCGAAGGCCGGUGGAAAAAUAUGGACGAUGCGAAGACAAAAAAAGCUUGGGGUAUUUAUGACGAAACUGGUGUCUUCGUCGCCGUAUGCCGCCACGGCUUUUGUUUACUUAUCGCAGACAUGGUGCAGAGCGGGGAGCGUGCAAAAUACCCCUUGGCUAUUGUUGCCAAGCUGCUAGAUGCAUUUGGCGACGAUUUGGGCGGUGGCUAUGACAUCGGCUGUCAGUUUCAGACUACUCUUGACAACAGCUCUCUUGGUCCCCUGGCGCGCUCAUUACGUCAUAGUUGCCUGGUUGGCGCGUUUCACGGACAUGCGCACAGGCGGUUAUGCAUUGGUAUCGAAGAUCUGGAGACUUGUGAGCGGACGUUCUCCAAGUCAAACUCCCUUGCAUCGGCUCUACGGUAUACUAGCGUUUUCCAUCGUCAACAGGCUAUCGAUUCAUAUUUCGAGCAUAACGACGAGCUCGAGGUAUAUGGCAAUCUUUUGUAUAUCAUCGCCAAUGGCGAAGCUGUCCUACCGAAGGUUAUGCAAGAGCUCAAAGUCGAAGACGAGAGCGUCUUUGAAUGUUGGCUCGAAGACGAGAAAAUCUACCUUAAGGAGACACUUCAAAUGGAGUACUGGCAGAGAUUAGUCAAUCUUAGUGCAAGCAAAGUUGCUCUUGACGCAGGAAUGAACAUGUUCGGAACGCACAAUACUCCAUCAUACGGCGCAGACAUUGGAAACACACGCAAGGUUGAAAGCACGCGGCGCCACGCUCUCGAGGACUAUGAGAGAAACCUGAAGUUGGUUCAGUUAUUAGAAUGCAAACUCGGUAUCAUCGCUCGCUGGGUUCCAGAAGAUGAAGAAUGGCAGAAGGCAGGGAGACUCGUAGCUAAUAGAAAGUAUCAACGUGCCUUGGACCGUUUGGAAGGUUUGGUCGUGGCUCGCAUUUUCGAACUUGCGAAGAUGAAUAGGGCGGGGACAGGUUACAAACUGCGAAAACAUAUUGCGAGGGCCUUGCAGACGCGCUCUGCCGCCAUCAGGUCCGCCCUCAACACAUACAACAACCUUGCCAGUGCGGUGUACCCUCCCCGGCAAAUACUCAAGUGGGAGGAUGUUGUCGAGUACGCCUUUCUCGCUGACUUCGAGCUGCUACGAAAGACGCGCUCCGAUGUCUCUCAAUUACCUUGGUCAUCACCAGCAGCUCGGAGUGGGAUGGAUCUUUAUUUUAAAAUGUGUCGAGCACGCGAGGAGAUUUGUCGUCUGAAUAUCGAGGUUCGCCGUCUAGUGACAUAUAUACGAGAUGAAGAUAAGUAUUUGCGGGUGUGCGAAGAUCGACUCACAGUUGCUAACCCUGCCCUUGCCCAUCAAAUCGCUAUACAUCGGAACAUUCGUGGCCGGUUCAACUCCCGCCAUAUCAAGCGGCUCAAUGAUAUCUCAAAGCUUCCCGGCUUCAAUGGUACACUCGUCCCUGGUCUAAGUGCUUGCACCGGUAUCGGGGAGAGUGCCAGCAUGCCAGAUCCUCUGAUUCCCGCCAACGUGUUUGCUGCCCAUAUACCUGCACACAACCCUUCAUCCCCUAUAGGUGCGGAUACUCAAGAGGAUUUAGAUGAGGAGGAGAUCGCAGAGGAGGUCGCAGAAGAAGCCUCGAGGAGUUUGCAGGACAUUAUCACCAUCACCGCUGACUUCUCACAGCUCCAGCUCGUCGUGUAUGACAGCGAGCACGAAGAGGCAAUACGUGGGAGUAACAGUUGA